CCUAAAUGUCAGGCUGAAAGUCUAAAGACACACCUUUAACUCGCCUCUAAACUGGAGGUCUCUUUUGCAGCCACGAAACUUUGAGGAACUAUGGUGAAGACCAUUAAGGAACAUCUGGAGGAUACUUUUGAGGAUCUGGGGGAGGAAAAGCUAAGAAAGUUUAAAAUCAAAUUGCGCGAUCGGAAGCCUGAAAAUGAUAAACAGGUUGUACGACAAGCUACAAUCGACAAAAUUAAAGACGCUCUAGAUCUCGCCGAUGUAAUGGUGAACACUUUCACAUCGAAAGACGCUGUUCCUGUAACAGUCGAACUUUUAACGGCCAUUAAAGAACAUAAGCUGGCAGAGGAGCUCAGAGAGAACACGAGAGACGUAGAUCCAGUUGGUCGUCCUGGCCCGAGUGCUCAAUCUGAUGUAGCUCCAGUUGGUCGUCCUGGCCCGAGUGCUCCAUCUCAUGGCUUGGAGGUUAUGCAACCGCAGUCAGAUGAUUGGCAGAGAGAAUUGCAGGUUACUCCGUGCAGCCAAUCAUUUAAAAACAAAAUACUUCAAGAAAAUGGCCAAGAGAUUUAUGAAGUGAAAGACAAGUUUGCAAGAACACGUCUUGCCCUGCUUAUCAACAACAGAGAUUUUAAUGAUAAGGCAAUGACCAGGAGAGGGGCAGAGAGAGAUGAAGAGAACAUGGAAUGGCUGUUAAAGGAGCUGGGUUAUCAAGUUGUCAAGUACACCAAUGUCUCUGCAGAGGACAUGAAGAAAGCAGUCAAGAAGUUUGCAGAGCGUGAGGAACAUGCAAAUUCAGACAGCACCUUUGUGGUUAUAAUGUCCCACGGAAAGAGGAACGCCAUUUUGGGUGUCCAUUAUACAAAAGACAACCCCUCUGAUACUUUCCCUGUUGAUGAUAUCUACAAUCAUCUGAACUCUGAGAACUGUCCGGCUCUGCGUAAUAAACCCAAGGUUAUUCUUAUCCAAGCCUGCAGGGGAGGGGAACAUGGGCGCGUGUGGGCCAGUGACGGUGAGCCUGAUGAGCCAGAGGAAAUAGAGGGCGAUGACUUUGUGCACAAGGAGAAAAACUUCAUUUCUCUGAUGUCCUGUACCCCGGAAACCAAAUCUUACAGGCAUGUGGAGAAUGGAACUUUUUACGUGCAAUACAUAGUGGAUGUGUUCACGAAAGAUGCACACAAGGAUCACAUUGAGGAAUUAUUCAGGAAGGUUAUUAGGCGUUUUGACAGUUCAGAUAUGCCCGGGAGCUACAGGCAGAUGGCAUGUAAAGACAGAGCAUCGCUGGCAAAGUUGUUCUACCUGUUCCCUGGACUCUAAUUGUACAUGCAUCUCUCUCCUCAUCUGUGAAUUCUGUAGACCCCCUAUGUGCCUGUAAUACAUAAUAAUUCGCAAAUGUAUUUUCACACAAACAAUACUUUAUUUGCUAAUAAUCGUAACCUAUGUGUCAUAUUUGAAAAGAAAAUUUCGAAGGCCCUCGAAUUA